UUGUGGUGAAACAGGGGCAAAGAGGGGAAGGCGUCAUUUUACACGAGUGGGUUGAAUCAGCUCAUAAGGGAAUAGGUUGUGACAGUGGAUCAUCAGCAAUGGGUCCGCAACGGAGUCGAGGUUUCUAGCAGAGCCUCCAGGCUCCGAGGUCCCUGGCUGGUUAUCAGAGAUCUGCAGAAUUUCCGGGUGUCCACACUGCUUCUUUGUCUCUCUGCAGCGGCCCUCGGCUUGAAUGAGAACCAUGUCCCGGUACCUGAGGCACUUUACCGUCGUCGGGGAUGACUACCAGGCUUGGGAUAAUGACUACAAGAAAUGGGAGGAUGAGGAAGAAAUAGUAUCCAGAGAAGGGGACGGCCCCCCCGAGGCCCCAGCACCCGUGACCACACCCCCACGGAGACUCACCCGCAUCAGGAACAUGCUGAAGAAGCUCUUUAGUGCCCACAGGUUUCAGGUCACUAUCGUUUGCUUGGUUAUAGUCGACGUACUUCUUGUGCUAGCCGAACUGCUGCUGGACCUGAAGGUCUUCCACUCUGACGAGAAACACGUUGCCUCAGAGGUAUUCCACUAUCUGAGCAUUUGCAUUCUCGCCUUCUUUGUGGUGGAAAUUGUUUUAAAAUUGUUUGUCUAUCGCCUGGAAUUCUUCCACCACAAGUUUGAAGUCCUGGACGCAGUUGUGGUCAUCAUCUCAUUUAUCCUUGACUUGGUGCACCUAUAUCGGAAACAUGACUUUGAAGCACUGGAGCUAUUGAUCCUUCUCCGACUCUGGAGGGUGGCCAGGAUUAUAAACGGGAUAAUUAUUUCAGUAAAGACCCGUUCUGAACAACAACUCUCAAGACUGAGACAAGCUAACCUGCAACUUGUCGCAAAGGUUCAACACCUUGAAUUCAGUUGUAAUGAGAAGGAGCAAGAAAUCGAAAGACUUAAUGCACUAUUAAAACAGCAUGGACUUAUCAACUAGCAGAAUGCGAAGUAUCCUCAUCUGUCCUCGUGCAGAAGAAACAUCCUGUCAAAGAAGUUGUUCCAAGUGCUUAGGGUUAAAUGCCAAGAGUAACGUGGUUUCCUGUGUUUUUCACAAAUUCCUGGUUUUGAAUUUGUACAGCUGUUAUUAACCCUUGAGAGUUUAAGAACUGUAUUUCUCAUGAGAUUAUCUUGUAUAACAAAUUUUUUGUAAGCUGCAUUUUCUGAAAAAUACAAACUUUAUUCUUGAUA